AUGUUACACGAAUAUGAUUCUCGUGAAACAACCCAAUUAUAUAGAUUAGAUGUUACCCCACUAUACCGAGACCAAUCAAAAACAAAUGCAAAAGGAUCAAAAACAGAAGCAGAAGAAACAAAAAGACCGAGGCCAACAAAAAACGAACAUGAAAAUCCAAAAAAUAAUAAAGUUCCAAAAAAUGGUGGUGAUGGUGGAGGAGGACCAGGAGAUGAUGGACGUCAUCGUUCUCAUCAUCAUGGUGGUAGCGCUAAUAUUCCGGGUCAGGAGUAUCUUUCGGAUUCUCUUUCUGAAGGACUUACUGAUUAUUUUAAUGCACUGAACAUUAUUGCUGAAAGUAGAUAUGCUGAUGCUUUUGCCGAUCCGAAAAAUAAAGGUGAUCCAAAAAGUUCGGGUGAUAAAGGAGGAGGACCAGGAAAUGAUGCCGAUCAUCGUAAUAGGCAUGGUAGUCAUCGUAAUCAUGGUGGCUCUGGAGCUGUAGGUGCCGUAGGUGCUUUGCCUGUUGAUGAUCAGAAUCUUUCAUAUAUUCAGGAUGCUAUGGAUCUUUUGGAUCUUGCUGACCAACUUACUGAGUAUUAUGAAGCGAUUGCAACUAUUUCUGAAAGUGAAUAUGCUGCUACUUUUGCCGGUCUGACUGCUGUUCCUUAUAUUACUUCCACAAUUCAGUCUAAUAUCACAUCCACAAUUACGUCUAAUAUUACAUCCACAAUUCAGUCUAAUAUCACUUCCACAAUUACGUCUAAUAUUACAUCCACAAUUCCGUCUACUGCUACACAAUCCAUCACAAUUCUGCCUACUACUACUCCUCAAUUACCUCCAACUAAUAACACCACAGAGAUUGUAGUAGUAGAUUUACGAUCGUUUCCCGUUCAAUUAAUCAGACUUACAUAG